CUUGUAUGAAAACAUCGUUACUCUGAUUUUUCAUAAUUAUGUCAAAUUAAAAUCAUUCGAAAAUGAAACUGCGUGUCAAAGUUUGUCUGUUCAGUGCGUUAUUCGUCGCUCUCGGGCAAGUCGCCGCGGAUCAUUCUUCAUUAGACGGGACGUCAACGAUCAGGGGCUUGGUGAGGUUGAAACAAAAGCCCAAGUCCUACCGUUUCGAUCCAGAUUACGAUCCGUUUGAUCACAUUAAUCCAGAUAUAGAUAAUGAGCCGAUCGUUAAAAAAUUCAAUUACCCGGUGGAGAAGCACAAGAUUACAACGGAGGACGGCUACAGAUUACUCGCCUACAGAAUUCCCGGACACAAGGUUAACCCGAGCAAGGAGAAAAGGACACCGGUACUGCUGAUCCCGGGCGCCUUCUGCAUCAGCACACAAUGGAUCGUCCGAGGGCCUGGCAUCGAUCUCGCCUAUCUGUUGGCCGACGAGGGUUACGACGUCUGGAUGAGCAACAAUCGGGGCACGGGCUUGGCCAGGGCUCACGUCAGCCUCGAUCCCGAUUACGACGCCGAGUACUGGAAUUUCAGUUGGCACGAAAUGGGCGUCUACGAUCAUCCGGCCAAUAUCGACUACAUACUCAACGCGACUGGCAAAGAAGCCGUCAUUUACAUCGGCCACUCGAUGGGCACGACGAGCAGCUACGUCCUGCUCUCGACCAGGCCCGAGUACAACGACAAAGUGGCGCUAGCCAUUAGCCUGGCACCCGUGGCCUACUGGUAUCAGCCGCUGCAUCCCAUUGUCAAUGCCCUCAAGCCCCUCGUCACUCGUAUUCAGACUAUGUUCGACAAGUUGCAAAUCUACGAGAUUUUUCCGAAUCAGGCGGGCAUGCAGAGCUUGACCGAAUCCAUGUGUAAAAGCCGAAACGUGAGAUUUCGAAAUCUGUGCUUGCUGGCGAUAACCAAUGUCAUCGAUGGUCCGGACAUCGAACAAUUGCCCGAUUUGGACACACUGAUAAGGUUUACAUCGUUCAUGCCGGCUGGCAUGGCGAAAAAAUCAAUGUCGCAUUAUGGGCAAAAUAUGAUUAAUAACGGUGAUUUUCGAAUGUACGAUUACGGGGAAGCGGAAAAUGUGGUUCGUUACGGAGCAAAAAUUCCUCCGAAAUAUGCGUUAAAAAAUAUUAAAACACCCAUAGCAUUGGUUUUCAGUUUUGGAGACGUUUACAACACUCCCGAGGUAAUACCGUUAAAAAAAUUCAAAUUCGAAAAAAUCGUUAAUAACGUCUACUACUUGGCAAAAGAUAUUCCGAACCUUGAAACAGUAGAGGCCGUUCCGGAUCACAAAUUUACUCAUUUGGACUUCAUCUUCGCCAAGGAUGUAAAAACACUUCUCAACGAUCGCCUGAUGCAAAUGAUGGCAAAGUAUUCUACUUGAAAACCGAAAAAAAAGUUCACUGAGUUCGAACCAUAUUGUUUGAAAUCGCGCACCACUGAUAUCACUCUCGAAUAACCGAAAUUAACUGACUGUACGAAAAGAAAA